UUGCUGACCCGCUCUUAAUCAUAGUGGAGAAGAAAAAUUUAAGUUAGUGUCCAGACUUUUGUUUCGUUAAAAUAAAUUCAAAUAUUUUUGUGUAAGUUCUUAUCAAGUUUUUGUGAAGAUAUCACGCAGUCACGUAUGAUGGGGUUCUCAUAUCUUUUAUUAGGGAGCAUUUUGUUGGCUGCCACAUUAUCAAGCGCUUCAGAGAUUAAUGUAAAGAAAUUUCUAGCGGAUUUUGGAUACUUGCACCAUGAAAAUGCUUUUUCUUCGUCUAUAACCGAUGCUAUCAGACGCAUGCAAGCGUUCGCACAUUUACCGGUUACCGGUGUGAUUGACGAAGCUACCGUCAGAAUGAUGAAGACUCCCAGGUGUGGACGGCCCGACGACGAAGUUGAUUUCGGGUACGCUUACAAAAAAUGGGACCACCAUGACUUGCUCUACCAUUUUGAGAAUUACACUCCAGACCUUGAUGUGUCGGAAAUAGAAAGGAUUAUUGCUGAUGCUUUUCAGUUAUGGGCCGACGUGACGCCAUUAACUUUCCGACAAGUCAACUACACAGGGGAUUUCAGUAUUGUUUUUGGGCGUCGAUACCAUGCUGGGGGUUGGGGCGGUCGUGGGCGUUGUAAUGCAAGAUUUGAUGGAAGAGGAGGUGUUCUAGCGCAUGCGUAUUUCCCUCCUGAUGGAAGAGCCCAUUUUGAUGAAGACGAGACUUUCACUGACAAAACAAGAUCUGGAAUAAAUCUCUUUUGGGUUGCUGCUCAUGAGUUUGGCCACGCUUUAGGACUACCUCAUUCUAAAGUUCGAGGUGCAUUGAUGUAUCCGUAUUACACUGGUUAUAAAGAAAACUUUUAUCUUCCGCAGGACGAUAUUACAAGAAUUCAACGUCUUUAUGGACCAAGAACGACGCUAGCACCUGGAGAGACAACCAAGGAGCGACCAACUAGACCAAUCAAUACAAAACCAAUAAACACUCUUCCUGGAAAUUGCUAUGAUCAACGUGAUGAAGCUUAUUGUAAAGCGAGAGUUAGUGUUUGUGGGACAUCGCAUGAUGGUUGGAGAGAGUUUAUGAAGAAAUAUUGUUACAAAACUUGUUACUGCAGUCCAUUACCGCCAUCACGUAAGCCGACAGAUCCCGUCCAACCUGAAACGUUAGUGCCAACUAAGCCAAUCACACAAAAAUCAGGACAAACAACUGUACCAAAGUCAACAACUCAAAGGACUAAAGUUACGGGCGCCGCGUGUGUUGAUAAAUCUGGAGACUAUUGCAAGAAUCACGUGACAAAAUGCAACAGCGAAGACCCAGUGUGGAAAAGCUAUGUAAAACGGAAUUGUUUCAAAACAUGUUUUUGUUAGCUACA